CCAAACCACAGGGGCGCCUUCUCCUGUGGGGACUGCUCCCGCGUGGUCGCCUCUCCCCUCCUCAGAAGGCACCUGCAGGUCUUCCUGGACUGCCCCUCGCGACCCCAGUGCACAGUGAGGGUCAAGCUGCUGCAACACAGUAUCUCUUCGCUCCUGAGGUUUGCCGCCUGCGAGGACGGGAGUUACGAGGUGAGGAGUGUCCUCGGAAAGCAGGUGGGGCCGAUAACCUGUUUCGUCCGGUCCAUCACCACCCUCCCGGCCAGCUGCGUGGGACUGGAGGAGGUGGAACUCCUGAGCGAGGGGGGAGCGUCUUCAGCACACCGGCGGCCGCCGCAGGAUCCGUGAACUUUACAAAGUGGCUGCGACUGGUGGUGGUUCGGUAGUUAUUUGUUAACUCUAGGCAGAGUGAAUGUACUGUAUGAUCUUGAAGUGGAGCUUCGACUGGGGCAAAUGUUAGUAAAAGGGCUUUGUAAACUGUAAAUCAAAGUACUUCUUUCUGCGAUGAUACAUGUAUUUUUAUUGCCUUUCUGCAAAUUUAGGAACACGAUAAGAGCUUAAAUAAGCUUGAGGUUUUCAUUUUGUAUGUACCUUAGACAAUAAUAUAGUAGAAAAAGUUAUUUUGUUCUACUGUAAUUCUAAAGUGUUCAACUUUUACAGUGAUUCAACGUGUUUUUCUUAUAUUUCUUUUAACAUUUCCCCAAAGAAUUACCCUGCCGAGUGUAAACCUUUGUCCUCUAUUGUCGUAUUACUGCUCUGCACAGUGUCCAGCUUAAGCGCUCUGCAGUUCAGUAUUUUUUGGAAGAUGUUCUGGGGAACUAUGUCAGAGGUAAAACUGUUUCCCAUAAAGUAGAGAUAAAGUGACUGGCCUGAUGAUAGCUCCUUACGGAGCGAUUGACAUGUCUGGUUAGUCCUGCCGGGCACUGCGCAGGAUUACGCCGCCGCAGGAGAGCUGGGUAAUCGUUCACCUUGUUGGCAGAGAUCUGAGUUAAAAGUAAAACCAUGGAUUAAUUAUCUCUGGACACUGAAGAUUUUGCGUUUCCUCCCUUACGACAGUAUAAUCAUGACAGGCCACGGUUAACUAAUUACAUAAUAUAGACGUAGCAGCCAAAACCAGGGAAGGCUGCCUAGUACCCACUCUCAUGGGGGAAAGGCAACGGCUUUAUUUAUUCGUCCAGAUUAAGCUUUGAAACAUUACCAGUACCGGCAAGGAAGCCGAUUUUAAGUCGCUUUGUGACCGUCCUUUCCUUUCCUUUCCAUCUCCUAUAUGACUUCUGUACUUUAUGCACUUUGAAAAUCUACUUGAAGCUGUCUACAGGACUGAGGAAAGUGAAAGCAAAUCCCAUGAAAGCCAAGAUGAGUGGGACUGGUUUUUGGAUAACCUGAGCCCUCCUCUCCCUGCCCCCGACUCGAGGUGGAACCCGCUCCGGCCGGUUCCCGACACGUUCCCGGGGCGCCUUCCACCCGAGCGGGUCUCGCUCGGCAAGUUAACCGGCACGUCCGCAGGUGGAGUUUGGCCUGUUGGAGAAGCAAAGCGACGGUCUUCCAGGAACCCGGCCCCGGGGCACACACCAGCCAGACGCGCCCUCCCCGGCCAGUCCGGAGGGCCGCGAGCGCAGGAAUCAAG